UCACUAGAAUUUACCGACGUCCCCACUUUAGGGGAAUUUGGCCCUUGCACUAAUAAGAUUUUUGUCGCUGACCUCAUGAUCGUUGAACAGCUAAGCCUUUUCUACCACCUUUCCUGUUUUGUCUGUGCUGAAUGUGGUAUUCAAUUGAGUGAUGGACAGAAUGAAACGGCAGUAAGAAUACGUAACAGUCUAAUCUACUGCUACAUUUGCUACCACCGACUAAGCAAGAGCAUACGCCUAUCUGUUUUCCACUUCUAA